AUGGAAGUGGAGGAUUGCAGCGCGUAUCGACCGACGCCGCUGGAUUUUGCGUCGUUCGUGCACUACGCCUACUCCCAGUUGGAGGCACCUUUCGCUGUCAAAAUAAUAGAACACACCGAGGUUGAGCCGAAGGUUCGCAAAUCGAGACAGUCGGCGCACUUCUCGCCUCGAUCGACAGCCACCGUGGUAGACCUCUCCUCCGUGGUCUCCUCGUCGCCGCCGUACGAGCCACACGAUAUAACUAUAAUCGUCGUGCGGGACGUGUCGAGCCGUAUAACCAAACUGGUUUUCUGGAAGUGCAAGCAGAUCCCGCCCUUGCUUCUAAGGGUUGUCGGUAUCUGUGUUCCCUAUCAUCUAUAUUUGACGAAACUCGAAGUCUUA